AUGACCUCAACUACGAAAGACGUGCGAGUUCCGCGCUCAAGUGCGGCCAGCUAUGUCACCACUCCAAUCAUCCGCGUAAUCGUCGGUGAAGCUGAGCUACCAAGGGAGUUCUUCGUCCACAAACGUCUUAUUUGCGCCCGCAGCGAGUUCUUCAAAAACGCGAUGAAGGAGCCCUGGAAGGAAGCAGAGGAGCACAAGGUCACACUGUCGGAGGCAGAGCCCGAUAUCUUCGCACUGUAUCUCGAGCUACUAUACACUGAUCUUCUUUAUACCAAAGAACCUAUCGGACCCAGCGACGAGUACGACCAGCUCUGCAAGGUCUACGUCCUUGCGGAAAUGCUCAUGGAUGACCAGACGAAAGAUUUUCUGCUCGCAGCUGUUCGAGCUAAGUCCGAGGAGCGAGAUGCAGAUGGAACAGGGUUCACCUCAGGGGUCGCCGUGCGCCCAGAUUAUUUACGACGGAACUCCCAAGGGGGGCCCACUUCGUGA